AUGGACAUGGACAACCUCAAAUCGCGCAGUAGUGACGAGGAUGAAGAGAUGCAAUCCACAGACCCAGAGAGUAAAGAAAAGAGCAGAGAUAAAAAGGCCCUGUGCAAAGUGAAGUGGUCUCGUGAUGAGGAUGAAAAGCUGAAAAAACUUGUUGAGCAGCAUGGAACAGACUCAUGGAAAAUAAUCGCAAACUUUUUCACUGGGAGGACAGAUGGCCAGUGUCAGCACCGCUGGCAGAAGGUGCUCAACCCAGAGCUGGUGAAAGGACCCUGGACAAAAGAGGAGGAUCAAAAGGUGAUUGACCUGGUUCAUAAAUACGGCCCCAAGCGCUGGUCUGUGAUAGCAAAACAUCUCCAGGGAAGAAUUGGGAAACAAUGUCGAGAGCGAUGGCACAACCACCUCAAUCCAGAGGUGAAGAAGUCCUCAUGGACCCAAGAAGAAGAUCGCAUCAUUUACGAGGCCCAUAAAAGAUUAGGUAACCGCUGGGCUGAGAUAUCGAAACUCCUCCCUGGAAGGACGGACAACUCGAUCAAGAAUCACUGGAACUCGACCAUGAGGAGGAAGGUGGAGCAUGAAGGCUACCUACAGGAAGGGGCCAAGGGCUUCAGCUUGGCUCAAACUGGAAGAAGGCGAAACAGACCGUGUCAUUCUACACCAGCAGAUCCUCCGAGCAGUGACAACAGCCCCCUCCCUGUGCCACAGAACCAGAUUGGACAAUACCCUUUCGAUUCUCACAAUGAAAACUUAAUGGACAGCCUUACAAAUCAUCCUGGAUUCCUUUCGCCAUCAUGCCUGGAUGACCCUGACAGAGACAAAAGAAUUAAGGAGCUUGAGCUUCUGCUUAUGUCAGCAGAAAGUGAAGUCCAUCACCAAGUGCAGUGCAGAGCCCCUGGUAAUAUAGAGCAGUACUCCUGGUCAGACAGUGGCAGCAGCUUGGAGGAUCAGUCAGAGAGAAGCUCGUGGGGGGGACCCAAGACUCCUCAGCGACCCACGACACAAGCCCCUGUCUCCCCAAGCAAGUUCCUGGCUAUAGAAGCUAGCACUGUGCUCUCUUCUUUACAAACCAUGCCAGAGUUUGUCGAGACAAUGGAGCUUAUUGACUCUGAUCCUGGUACAUGGAGUGACAUGACCAACUUUGAGCUGUCAGAGACACCACUGCCAAGACACAAGGCUGGCUACAGCACAGUGCUGCAGGAGAGAACUGUGGGCGGCUACACAGUGGACUCCCAGACGGCCUUAUGCAUACGCAAGGACCCUGCCACAUUUGGUAUUGGCAGCACCAGACCUCUGACGCCCAUUACCUCAUCCAAACCCACUCACACUACCCCAAGGAAACGGAGAGGAGAGAGAGGGGAGCCGCUCUCUGAACGGUCCUGCAACUCCUUCAUGGAUAAUAUUCAAAAUUCACCCAAGAAAACUCCAACAAAAUCACUGCAGUUUACACCAUCACAAUUUUGCAACAUUUUGGGGGCAGAACAUUUGAGUCUGGAUACUCCGUCUCAUACAUCAACUCCUGUGUGCAGUCAGCGGUGUCUGCUCAACACUCCGCUCAACAAAGAAACAACGCCUAAACAUGAGAAGGAAAAUGAAGGAUCCAGAACUCCUACAUUUCGAAAGACUGUUAUGAUCCCCACACCCAGGACACCCACGCCGUUUAAAAAUGCUUUGGCUGCACAGGAGAAAAUGCACGGACCUCUCAAAAUGGAGCCACAGUCUCUGGCAUUUCUCGAGGAGGACAUUCGAGAGGUUUUGAAGCAUGAGACAGACAUAUUUAACAGAACAGAUUAUCGAACAUGGAAACACAAUUUGGAUGCUCCAGCUCGGAAGGUGCGGAAGUCCCUUGUGCUUGAUCACUGGGAUAAAGAUUGUCUGAAUGUACAACUCUUUCCAGAGCAGCUCAACAUUGCACAACUUCCAGAUGAAAGCCUCCUGACGAGCUCAUCCCUCAUCAACACCAAUCCAGAAGAGGAAGAUGGAGGCCAGGCUUUGAGCUGCUUAGACGAGGAAUCUCUAUCUGUGAAUCACUUCAAUCCCUCUGCUGCUGAGAAAACACAGAAACACACUUUAAACGAGGAGAACGACUGGGAGGCAGUGGUUUAUGGGAAGACUGAGGACCAGCUGCUGCUGACAGAACAGGCCCGGCAGUACCUGACCCCCUACACCUCAAGAGCCCUCGUACUCUGA